GGUGCCGCCGCGGAGCCCCCGGACGCGACCAUGUCGGAGGUGCUGCCCUACGGCGACGAGAAGCUGAGCCCCUACGGCGACGGCGGCGACGUGGGCCAGGUCUUCUCCUGCCGCCUGCAGGACACCAACAACUUCUUCGGCGCCGGGCAGAACAAGCGGCCGCCCAAGCUGGGCCAGAUCGGUCGGAGCAAGCGGGUUGUUAUUGAAGAUGAUAGGAUUGAUGACGUGCUGAAAAACAUGACAGACAAGGCACCUCCUGGUGUCUAACUCCCCCAAAGACAAUGAGUUAAGGGAGAGAAUAAGAGUGAGACCGGCGGUUAACAGAUAUUGGCAAAAAGAGCAUGAAAAGAGAAAGCACUUUGAAAUUGAUUACUAGCUUGCUACCCGCGAGGAAAUCAACAACCUGUAUCCGUGUCAGGCCAGGAGACAGAUGAGGCGAGAAGGAGAAGGCUCUGGGCUCCUUUGCAAAAAUAAAAAUGAAAAAAAAAUUUUUAAAAAUUAAAGAAAUCACUAUAUACACACAUGUAAAGAAAUAAAAAGUCUCAGUUGCAGCUAUUUGUCAAAGUUAAUAUCCAUUUCUUUUUAUAUACAGUGAAUAUUGCGCAAUUAUAGAUCUGGAUUUUGAACCACUUAAAUAAUGAAGCAACACCGGGUGUUUUGAGGUGUUGGCAUUCUUCAACGAUUUGGCUGUUCCCAAUGUUUACAUUAUUUAAUCUUGCAAAAAUGAUUCUGUGCACUUGGAUGUGAAAUGCUG